AAUAAGCCUUAUGGAAGCGUGUCUGCGAGCAUAUGCGCCGAAAAUAAAGCGGAGAGAGGAUCGAGUUGCGCUCAGAGAGGGAGAGAGAAAGACUGAGAGAACGUGACGAGGGAAUUUAAGACAGUCGUUUUAUUACGGGGAAGAGGGAGGGGGAGACCAGAUAACAGCGUCUCCCCUGUUCUUAUUAGACUCCGCUUCGUGCAGAUCCGACAGGCACAAGCAGGAGGAGAAACUCCCAAAGUCGUGGUGCUCCAUGCCAGGCGUCUGAGGGCUGUUCAGUCCCCGGUGGGGGAGUAACGGAGAAGCGAGGAACAACAAGACAGGACGGGAGAAUGAAGAAAUCAAGAAAACAAAUAUUUUGCCUUGAUUGUGAGUCUCACCACAUCUGUCAUUUUAACUAACUUUUCAAACGAAAGCCCCUGCCAGUCGUCAUGGGAAACCGAGUCAUGCUCCUAUUGGCUUCCCUCUGCGUGUGGGCGGUCCUUAGGGGAGAGGUCUCCGCCAAGGUGAUCAGGAGAAGAGGGUUGGGUGCUUAUACUGCAGCCAUUGGAGAAAAGUUGGCAGUUAGUCAGUGGGAUUCAGGUUUUGACAAGACGACGCCUCCACUGGCGAAGCUCAUGGGUUUCCUUCCGCAUGAUCUUGGCGUUGAUACUAAGUUGGCUUCUCAUCCAAGAACAACUCAGAGCAACUCCGUGACUCCAGUGUCAGGUGGAAAAGAAAUCCAGACUCAUACAGAUACGUCUAAAUCUGUUUCGAAAUGGGAGGGGAGGCUGGUUUGUAACCCUAAUUUAACCGCCGCCGUGUCCAUGGAAGUUGGAUCUAAUUUGAGCUCAAAAGAAACGAACAACACAAAAAGUCCCGAGUUAAAAACCAAAGAAGAGAGAGUAGAGAAAAGCCAUGUGUUACAUCGCAGAGUGGACCUUAGUCUUCUAUCCAAUAAAACCAGGCUCAAGCCACUCGUUAAAUCGAGGCCGAAAGCAGAUCCAGAGGUUCAGGUAGCUCAGGGAAGAGGAGUUUUGUUGAAUUCAGCCAGGAUAUCAAACCUGCCACCGACCCGCGGUCCUCAGAAACCUGGGCUGAAAGUGAACUCGGAGCCGAUUUCAAUCACACAGCUGCAGAAAGGGAGCGUCGAGGGUGUGGUCCCUUUUGGAAGGAUCCUGAGGAGCAGGAAGCUGGAUCUGGUUGGUACAAAUCGCAGCCAAUUAGCAGCCAGCGUUUCUUCAGGGAAAGCUCAAGAAAGACCUGCCUCUCCAGGUUUGCCCAGUGUGAGAGAUCAAACUGCACGCCCACCUAGCCUAGUUGCGAAUCUCGAUAAGGGUGUCGACGCUGGGGCAGCAUGGCAUGACAAGCAUUUUACUGUUCGCACCACGCUAAUGGGCCAAACCCGGGGGGUUCCUGAUAACGAGAGAAGCCCGUUUAUUGAAAACUUAGAUUCCAUUAUCCAAGAUGGCAAGUCCAACCUAUUCCAUAUGGGAGCCACUCUUCAGUCAGGAUUAUCUUCGGAACCAAGAGCAGAGAAAUAUCUGAGUCAGAGAAGCAGCACUAGUGACGUUCACACAGACGGACAAGAAGCAGCCUCUACUGCAGAAUUCACAAACCAAGGGGUACUACCAGACAUCAGCCACAUCCUAAAACUCCGACCGGAUCCCAUCCCAGACCAGUCGGUCUAUGGGGAGAAGGCACACAGCGGGGUCCCAUCUGAUUCUGGGCCCGGCGACGAUGAGGGCGGCUUGGUGUUCCAGGAGGCGGAGUCUGAGGCAAGGAGCCAGGAGGUGGAGGAGACCCGGUCACGGAGCAGACGUAGCUGGAUCUGGAAUCAGUUCUUCGUAAUCGAGGAGUACAGCGGCCCUGAACCUGUGCUCAUUGGACGACUGCACACGGACAUGGACAGGGGUGACGGCCGUACCAAAUACAUACUGCGGGGGGAGGGUGCGGGCUCCGUGUUCGUGAUCGACGAGAAGACCGGGAACAUCCAUGUCACCAAGCCACUGGACAGGGAGGAGAAGGAUGAGUACCGGCUCAUCGCCACGGCAACCGACCGCCAGACGGACCGCGCCCUAGAGCCCUCCUCCCAGUUCAUCAUCCGGGUGCAGGACAUCAACGACAACCCGCCCGUCUUUCAGGACGGCCCCUACAGCGCCACCGUACCCGAGAUGGCCAACAUAGGUACGUCCAUAAUCCAGGUUACCGCGACAGACGCGGACGACCCCACCUACGGAAACAGCGCCAAGCUGGUGUACACACUGACCCAGGGACAGCAGUAUUUUUCUGUGGACCCCCAAACCGGUAUCCUCCGUACAGCAGUGCCGGAUUUGGACCGGGAGAGGCAGGAUCAGUACCUGGUGGUUCUGCAGGCCAAGGACAUGGGCGGUCAUCUCGGGGGUCUGUCCGGCACCACUACGGUCACCGUGCGGCUGAGCGACGUCAACGACAACCCACCCCGCUUCACGCAGAGUAUAUGGGCAUUUUCGGUGUCUGAGCUGGCCAUCCCGGGUGCCGAAGUGGGCCGCAUCUCAGCAACAGAUGCUGACCUCGGGGACAAUGCCAAGCUAGAAUAUACCAUCUUAGAAGGAGAGACGGGGGACACCUUCAACAUCACCGGGCAGGACCAAGAGGCUGUGAUCCUCCUGAACAAGGCCGUGGACUACGAGAGCCGCAGCUCCUACUCCUUCUCUGUGGAGGUGCUAAACCCUACCGUGGAUCCCCGCUUCCUACGGCGGGGGCCCUUCAAGGACCGGGCGUCAGUGAGAGUGGUGGUGCUGGAUGCCGAUGAGCCUCCCCGCUUCUCUCGGACCCGCUACCGCCUGGAUGUGUCAGAAAAUUGCCCGUCCUCUUGCACCGUGGGCCGGGUCAGCGCUGUGGAUCCUGACACAGGGCUGAGCAGCAACAUCAGGUAUUCUAUCGACCCCCAGUCGGACCCUGAGGCCCUGUUCCGCAUCGCCCCCGACAGCGGACUCAUCACCACGGCGAUGGAGCUGGACCGGGAGCACGAGCAAUGGCAUAACAUCACCAUCAUCGCCACGCAGAGAGACAGCCCCACCCAGGUAUCCAGGGUGGUAGUUGCCAUAGAGACCUUGGACGUGAACGACAACGCCCCCGAGCUGGACCGACAGUACACCACGGCGCUGUGCGACUCCGCCGCUGUGGGCCAGGUGGUUCAGGUACUACGCGCGAUCGAUAAAGACAAAGGAGGGAACGACACCGCUGUUCACUUUAGCAUCGCUCCUGAGUCCGGCGCAGCCCUGAACUUUUCCGUCAGGGAGAGUGGUGGCCCCACUGCCAGCCUCGUGCUCCUCUCCCCACUGAUGCCCCUGUCUCGCUCGUCAUCUUCCCCAUUCACGCUGCAAGUGCCCCUGGUCCUGAAAGACAGUUUCUCGGGUCUGACCAGUACUGGGACAGUCACCGUGUCCAUUUGCCCUUGCCUGAGGGGGGGUGCCAAGGCUGGUGAGAAAGAAGGUCAGACAGAGGGUGAGUGGGAGAGAGAGACAGUGUGUCUGCCAAUGGCGUCCUCCUCUUCAUCACCUGGGCUCAGUACCGCCGCCCUGCUGGCCAUCCUCGCCUGCGUUGCUACACUACUGGCGGUCAGCGCACUCUCGCUGUCCCUGCGCAAGCAGAAGCGUGACUCACUGUCGCCCCUGGAGGAGGACGAUGUGCGAGAGAACAUCAUCACGUACGACGACGAGGGCGGCGGGGAGGCCGACACAGCGGCCUUCGACAUCGCCGCGCUGCAGAGCGCCCCCCACAGCUCGUGCCGGGGAUAUCGCACGCUGGACAGCAGGAACAUACGUUACACCCAGCAGGCCCAGGACAAGGCCCCAGGGUACCGCUGGGCCUCGAAGGCGGGCCUGGAGUCACAGUACCCCAGUGGUGCUGCCCCAGUGUACGGACGCCUCUGCUACAGCAGCCACACGCUGCCCGCCCUGCGCCACUCCCGCAGCGUCUUCGAGACGGGCCUGGGCCUCACCGAACUGGCGUGCCGCUACCCCACUGGCCCGCUGGACCACUCCCUGGUCAUCCAGAACCAAGGAGUCAUGGGCGGCGCGCAGGAUCGCGAGGCCGACGGAAAGGACAGGGCAGGCGAGGGCUCUGUGAGGGACCCCUGUGCCCCCCAGCAGAACCGCAGCCAGAAUCUGGACUGGGUCCAGUCUGAAUCCCUCCCCACGGACCAGACUCUGGUUGUGACUCGGUCCGGCUUAGCGGCAGUGGCCUCAAAGAGGCUGUCUGGUGCCUGGGCAUGUGACACAGGUGUGCUGACGGGCCACCGCGCCAGGCAGGCCAGCCCGUCCCCGAAGCAGGUCGGCACCGGGCCUCCGGGCACCCCCGACUCCCUCGCCUCCACCCCCUCCAACGGAAAGGACUGCAGCGAUGGCUUAAGCCGCAGUUCUGGAAGCAUCCUGCAGGGGGAGCUACACAGGGACUACCCCAGCAGUCUGGGCAAGGGUGGGCUGGAGACAGGAAACAGUUUCGUGGUGGCCAGGCCCCCUAUGGAAGGGAGUGUGCCUCUGGGCGGAACUGCUCCUGGGAUACUCCGCGAAGGGGUAGGAUACAUACCAGACUGGCGCAACAUGGCAGGCUACGUCCUUGGGAGGAAGGAUAUGAUACCUCAGUUGCUGCCAGUCCCAGGGCAAAACAGGGGCAUGGUGGGGCAGAUGGCUUACAGAGGUGGGUGGGGCACGGAGGUGGGGGUGGGAGGGUCCAGCUCCCUGGCGGUUAGGGUGGGUGAGUUCCUGAAGCUGCGCUUAGCUCAGGUGACCUUUGACCCCGGGCAGCCGCCCUAUGACUCGGUGCAAGUGUACGGUCUGGAGGGGGAGGGCUCCCAGGCAGGCUCGCUCAGCUCCUUGGAGAGCGAGGAGGAGGAAAAGGAGCCGGAGCCCGAGUGGGGCGGAGCUUUGGAGGAGUGGGGGCCUCCCUUCCAGAGGCUGGCUGAGCUCUUCCGGGAGAGGGAGCAAGAGAGAGAGGAAGAGAGGGAGCCGGAAGAUGAAGAACUGGGCAGGAAGGAGGAGGGAGAAAGGGGACAGAAGGCUGGAGGUUCGAGGAGCGAGGGGCAAUGAGAAAUGGGCAGAGAGGAGGGUGCGUGGUCGAGAAAUGAGAGAGAGAGGGAGGGCAGGAAGGACAUGGAGGAACAGCAAGGCACAAAAAUGAAGAGGUGAAUACGAGAAGGGGAAAUGGAGGAUGUGAUUGGUAUAAUUUAAAGCAAUAAGUGAUCAAAAGCCCUACAGAGAGAACACCGAACAUCCCCUAUUUACUGUUCAGAGCGGCAGCCAUAUGAGUGCUAUUCACUCCCCUAUGCUUAUCAUUCCAAACCAGCCCUCAGAUACGCGGAUCCGGCAAAACAAAAUCCCAGGUCAGAGACGCGAGAGGCACUCGUGAGAGUUAGAGAGAGAAAAGAAGGCAGGAGGGGUAAGCAAACGAGCAGAACAGAAGGAGCUGUUCCUUCCACACGUCCUGUUUGACAAAGGGGGUUAAUCAUGUAUCUGGCGGACAUCUUUGUAAGUGAAGGUUUCAUUUCUGAAUAUCGGUUUCUGUCCUAGAGCUUUACAGGUAACCGCUCGAAUAAAUCAAACAUAAAGCGUCGUAAUCGGGCGUCAGGGCCCAGGAAACACUGGAGCAGCUUCGUUACGCCUCGGGUCUGGCACUAAAGUGGAAGGAAACUGCAACGGUCUUCUAUGAAAUUUCCUGUGAUUCUGUGCUUUGUUGAUGCCGGUUUGGAACGUCGUGACAGGUGCUGCUGCCGAAUCUCCGGAAUGGAUAGAGAGCCGCUAACUCCGAUGUGGUUUUUUUGCCGUCUUCAUGGUCAUAAAAUCAUCCUGCCACCAGUCGUGCCUUGUUGCAGGGCCCUUUGUGUUUCUGGAAGGCUCCACUUCUGUCAGGAUAGAUAUGCUUCACCAUAUGUUAAUGUUGAUCGUUCGGGAUGACCUUGAAUUUGGCAUUCACCUUGAAAGCACGAAGGGUUAGACCUAAACCAUGAAACACAUUCCAUGCCAUAAAAGAACAGCCAGAAACCUUCCCUGUGGGAUGCAAACACUGGCUUCUACUCUUCUGCUCAUUAAGUCCUGGCUGAAGCAUGACUCCUUUUACUUUUUUUCCACUGCCCAAUAGACCAAGGCCUUUCUUCUUUACGCCACACCACUUCACUCGCAAAAUUCAUUUUGAGCUGUAAUAAGAUAUUUAUGUACUGCAACAUGACCACAGAAUCCCCCUUUUUUAUGAAGCCCUAUACAGACUCUGCUGUAACUGCCUGCUCACAAUCAUAGAUUAACAUUUGCAUUCAACUGUUGCUGGUCUAAUUUGCAAAGCAUCUCAUUACUUUAUAUUUAUUUAGCUGGAGUUUUUGUCAAAUGUGACAUACAAGUGAGGAUGAGAGAGAAGAGUUGGCCUGGCCUUGAGAGUGAUUGAGUUUAAGGGCCUCAUUCAAGAGCCAAACAGUGGUAUGAUUAUUGUUCCAGUCAUGGGACUUGACACCCACAACUGGAUAUGGAUUCCUAACCCACUACACAUCGUCUUCGCCAUCUCAAUUCCACACACGUGCAUCACAGUCAAGCAGAAGGUACUUCCAUUCUCCAUCAACUCAACUCAUGCUGAUGACGUCUCUCAUGACAACCAGUUACCGUGAAACACUAGCAGGUUGAGCAGUCUUCAUCCCUGAAGCUCUUGCCAAACGUGGACCAAGAACCGGCCCUCAAUCAGAGUUGCUGAGGUCUCCUCUUCUAGCUAUGGUAGCAUUAUAAUAAGCAUAAUGGAAUGUUAAUUGCUUAAUUAACUCAGGAAGCCCAACUGCCUGGGAGCACCUGUUUCCAAUAUGCUUAGUAUCUCUGGUUUACAUCACCUUAGCAGUCGCUUGGAUGAUCCUCACAUGUCCUUUGCAUGAAAUGCUAAAAAUGAGCAGGACAUUUGACCCACACAAAUACACAUAUCAAAGCAUACGUACCCUCACUCAGAGAUGGGUACAGCAGCCCGAGAGGCUAUGUUCCACGUCAUGGCAGACAUACAAACUGAUCAAUCAAUCAGGCGGUGGCUGGAGUAAGGUUUGGAGAAGAUCAGUGGGGAAUUUCAGUCAUCAUAAAUGCCAGUUUUCACUGAUUAAGAAGAUUGCAGCAGACAGCUCAAUUACGGAGUCCUUCGAUUACGUACUGCAUCUCCAUGGGUGGAAAAUGGGUGAAAGUCAUGGUAAUAGCAGUUAUUUGAUUUACCAAAGCUUUCAUAUUGAUUUGUGUCAUUUUUGGUGGACAGGAGGAGCGAUUUUCUGGGUGUGAUUCGAUGGAACAGUUAUUAAGUCCCCCUGUGUGAAAUAACAUGGUUCAAAAAUGCGAUCUGUUAUAACAAUAUAACAGUGUACAUCUACCUUUUUUUGUGGCUGUCUGAAGACCAUGUUCUCAGCAGGUCUUCCAACCUAAAUGGAAUCAUGCCAUGGUCUCGUAUCCAGAGGAGUCCGCUAUUUGGAAUGUCGAUGAAGGUGGUAACGAUGAUGAAGAAUUUUAUUUUUAAAUGAUGAUUUGUGUGUAUAUAUGCACAUUACAAAUGUAAAUAUCUUUCAUGUCCAAUCUGGAAGAAAACAAGUUUUUUUUUUUAUUAUUUGUAAGGUGAAGGUAACUUUUGUCAUUGACAAGAAAAGAACUUCUGGGGUCUUGACCAAAUUGGAGCGUACCGAAUCUGGACUGAUUCAGAGUUUCUCCAUCCUGAUGAAACCUAGAGCCAAGCAUUGAGGUUGGUGGCUGGUACUGAGCUCUGGACUGUGUGAACCACUGGACUUUCCCAGUCAGUAAUCGCAGGCAAUAUAGUUGAGCAUCAUGUACCGGAAAGAAGAAUUUUGUUUUAGAUGUCAAGAGAGAUUUUGUUUAGGUCAGUGUCUUAGCUUAUCUGUAAAAGAACCACUUUUACACCUGUGUUCAACAAGUUGUGUGUAGAUAGAACAUCUUCAGCCUGGUCCACCUCAUGGACAUUGUGAAUCUAUGGGCAUAUCUCUGCUCACGCCAACCGGGUCACACCACGGUUUGAGACCCAGGCCCGGGAUAGCACUGUUCCCUGGGCUGCACUGUGCCCCUGCGUGUGACCUGACCAUAUCCUGACCGUGACCACUGUACCGGUGCACAAGCACCUAGGCGGAUCCCAAGGACUCGAUCUGGAGAAUCUCGCCGCUCCGUCAAGCAGUUCACUGUUUUUCGUUUCCUCUUUUUUUGAUUAAAGUUUGAUUAAAGAUGAUUUGUUCUGGGGAGCGGUCUCCCUCAAGCCCCCACCCCCCAGGCCUGAGACAUUGUCAUUUCUUACAGUGGAUGCAUUCCUAGAUAGAGCUUGGGGGUGGGGGGGGGCGGAGUUGGCUUGCCGUGGUGGUAAAAAUCCCAUUGGUUCACCAGAUGCCAUUUGUGGGUCACUGUUGGUCUGUGUAUUAGUGCAAAACGCGUCCCCAGAGAAUGUGACCACUGCAGAGAUGCAGGCGCGGGCCGCGUGAUGAAACAAAUUAAAGACACAUUGACAUUAAUGCUC